UCUGCCUGAUGAGACCCUGGAGUUUAAUUUGGGUGUUGUGGCCAAUCAGAGCACUGCUGCAUUCAGGGUUCACGUCCCCGCGGGACAUUUCACGUUGGGUUAUAAGACAAAACAAGACUUGACCCGUCGUUCUGUGGACGCCAACACACCACAGGUAGGACGUGGAACUCCGCAAUGUUGGCGUCAGGGGAUAACGCAUCGCACAGCGACUUUGUGUUCCGUGGCUUCCCGGGGCUGCACGAGCACCGGUGGGUGGUGGCGCCGCCGCUGGCCGCCGCCUACGCGUUGGCGCUGCUGAGCAACGCGCUCCUGGUGUACGUGAUCUGCAGCGUGGAGCGCCUGCACAGCCCCAUGUAUGCGCUGAUCUGCAUGCUGUGCGCGGUGGACCUGGCGGCAGUCAACGCCAUCGCUCCCAGCACGCUGCUGGGCCUGCUGCUGGACUGGAACGGCGUCUCGCUGGCCGGCUGCUUGGCGCAAAUGUUCGUCACCCACUUCCUGUCGUCGGUGGAGUCCACCUUGCUGCUGGCCAUGUCGCUGGACCGCUACGUGGCCAUCUGCCAGCCGCUGCGCUACCACGAGCUGGCCAACCCCUCGGCGUUCGUCAAGCUGCUGCUCUUCACGCUGGUGCGUAGCGGCGCCGUCAUGGUGACGCUGGUGGGCCUGGCGGGCUCGCUGGACUUCUGCGCCUCCAACAUCAUCCUGCACUGCUACUGCGACCACAUGGCGCUGGUCAGCCUGGCCUGCGGCGACACGCGGCACAGCCGGGCGGCAGGCCUGGCCGUCAUCGCCUGCUUCGUGGGCGUGGACAUCCCGCUCAUCUUCUUCUCCUACAUGAAGAUUCUGAGUGUGGUGUUGCGGGCGGCGGCCAGCGAGGACCGCUGGAAGGCCUUUCACAAGUGCGGUACGCACCUGAUGGUCAUGAUGUGCUUCUACCUGGUGGGCAGCGUCACCUUCCUGUCGCACAACCUCAACAUCGACAUCCCCACCGACGCCAACACCGCCAUGGGCCUCGUCUACAUCGUCUUCCCCGCCGCCGCCAACCCUGUCAUCUACGGCGUCCGCACCGCCGAAAUCAGGAACGGCUUCUACCGCCUCUUUCGACUCCGAGACGCCAAGGUCUCGCCCGUGACAAGCGUGAAGACCACCAAACUGGACGACUUCCGAUAAAAAUACUUUUUAUUUCAUUAGAAAUCCACGCGCUUGCUCCUAUGAAAGCAUCAAGUGGCAUUUGUGUUCAAACCAAAGAGUAUCAAACCAACAAAGAAGACAGGAGGGAGAGGGCACAUACCAACACAGACGAGGCCGACAGCGAGGGGGCGGGGCGUACUUUAGCUUACAUCAUCACCGCCACGGUUCUUUUUGUACGUACGCACGGGAUUAUCUGGAACUGUCCCCGGGUGAAGAUGACGUCUUGAAGAAGUUGCCACAAAAGUUUGCGUCUCCGUGUCCUCCGUGUUGUGACUAAGUGUAAGAAUCCUUUGGCCUCUUUAUGCACGGGCCAAGGAGCCGAGGGGAGUCCAAAGGGGUCCUUCGCGGUACUAGACCCGCCUCCAGUGGACCUCCUUUUGGUUCUGGUCCACUUCACUUCGGGGCUCAUCGGAGGCACGUGACCAUGUGACCUGGCAAGGCACCUGAGGAGAGGACACGCCGUCGUUACGUUCAUUGAGAACAGACUGUAAGCAGCUACUUUUUUCCUACACUCUGGACCCUGCGGCUUUUAAAACGGUGCAGCUAAUUUAUAUUUUUUUCCUUUACUGACCACCGUAAUGCAGAUUGUUUAUUUUUUUCUUCUAAAAAGCGAAUACAUUGAAAAAUAACAAUUCUACAAGUGUUGUCUGGAUUAAAAAAAAGAGAUUGUUGAGCUAUUACCUCCUUGUUCUGUUGGUUUUAUAUGUAUGUAUGUCUAUGUGUGUGAGUGCGCGUAUGUGUAAAUGUUUAUACGUGUAUAUCAUAUACAUAUACAUAUUCAUUAGGGGUGUAACAGUACACAAAAAUUUCGGUUUGGUACGCACCUCGGUUUAGAGGUCACGGUUUGGUUCAUUUUCGGUACAGUAAGAAAAAAACAAAAUAUAAAUUUUUGGGUUAUUUAUUUACCAAAUUUGUAAACAAUGGCAUAACAUACUGUACAUACACACACAGGGUCCAUUGCCAGGGUUAAUGUGGUCAACAUAUAUAAAAUAAUAACUAAAUAAGAUAAGGCUCAGAAUGUUUUUUUAACAAAACCUUUCUACAUAUGUAGUGCUUUUUUUGAUUGAUUGAUUGAGACUUUUAUUAGUAGAUUGCACAGUACAGUACAUAUUCCGUACAAUUGACCACUGAAUGCUAACACCCCAAUAAGUUUUUCAACUUGUUUAAGUCGGGGUCCACGUUCAUCAACACCGCCCGCCGUUUUUUGUGGACAUGUUCCAUAAAUAUUGAUGUUAAAGAUUUUUUUUUUUUGUGAAGAAAUGUUUAGAAUUAAGUUCAUGAAUCCAGAUGUAUCUCUAUUACAAUCCCCAAAGAGGGCACUUUAAGUUGAUUACUUCUAUGUGUAGAAAUCUUUAUUUAUAACUGAAUCACUUAUUUAUUUUUCAACAAGUUUUUAGUUAUUUUUAUAUCUUUCUUUCCAAAUAGUUCAAGAAAGACCACUACAAAUGAGCAAAAUUCUACACUGUUAUACAAUUUAAUAAAUCAGAAACUGAUGACAUAGUGCUAUAUUUUACUUCUUUAUCUGUUUUUUUCAACCAAAAAUGCUUUACUCUGAUUAGGGGGUACUUGAAUUAAAAAAAAAUGUUCACAGGGGGUACAUCACUGAAAAAAGGUUGAGAACCACUGUAUUAUGAGAGUAGCGUGUGUGUGGCCCUUUAAUAUUUGACAGCAUGUGACGUCAGUGAGUGUGUGGGCGAGCGACCGUGGUGAGGGAGCGGUAGUGAGUACGGGAGUGGCUGGUGUUUUGUUGGAUUGGCUGAGUGCAAGACCUCAAUAAAGCCACGAUUUGCAAUUAAUUGCCGGACUCUUCAUUUACCCUGUAGUCCGGAGCUGUGGAGACCCACUGCCGGGUAGAGUGAAGGGUUGUGCGUGCAAGGGAGACACUAUGGGAGCCGGAAGCAGGAAAGGUGCAACACAUGUUUGACGUGUUGUCAGAAGCAGCUGCUGAACAAUCUCGGCAAACCUCCGUCCUCCAUUGUUGUAUCGCGCAGCCAAAGUGUUCCCAAACAGGAGAUCUUAACGAGGCAGGAGGGUCUUUCAGCUCUGGUUUUAACAUGUUGUCCGAGCCCGGCCGCUGCUAGCAUGUGUACUCGUUCGGUACACCUCUGAACCGAACCGAAACCCCCGUACCGUAACGGUUCAAUACAAAUACACGUACCG